AUGGCUCACCUAAUACAGCGAACGUGUGGAAAUUUGCGUUUAAAACCAAAUGUGCUACAGAAGCUUGAUGUUCGCUAUGGUCAUACACUGCGCGGUAAAGCUCCUGGAGUUGCCCGGACGCUAGCGGAACGUUUGAAAGCUGAAAAAAUAUGCGAUCCCAGAAUUACACUCCCCGUAAACAUUGGAUUUCCGUAUAUAAAACCGGCGAGAUCGUCACAAUUAUCGGAGCGUCUUGCGCACUUAAAGUCACAACGAAACAAUCCUGCACUGGAACGACUAUCACGGGAGCGAAAAUUGGAAGUUGAUCUGGAACAUGUGCGUGCUGAUUGGUUGAAAACAAGCGGACCGUUUCACGUAAAACGCGUUGCAGAGCACUACGGUGUUUUUGAGCAUUUGUUCGGAUCUGCUUACUUUGUGCCCCGUGUAGAACUAACUAUUCAGUACCGAGUAGGCGAUUUGCUGUAUCCCGUAAGAUACGGAAAUAUUCUGAAGCCGAGUGAAGCUCAAAUAGCUCCGGAUGUCCAGUUCGACGGAAAAUUUGUAUUUACCGGCGACAAAGCUAAUGAGGAAAAGGAAAGUUUGUGGUGUCUACUGCUAACCAAUCCCGAUGGGCAUUUUGAAGACAGCGAGAAAGAAUACUGCCAUUGGUUCAUAAGUAACAUUCCCAAUGGGGACAUCAAGAAGGGUGAAGAAUUAAUACCAUACCUCCAACCGUUCCCACCGAAAGGCACCGGCUACCAUCGACAUGUGUUCGUUUUAUACAAGCAGAAUGCUCGUAUAGAUUUCUCGCAGUAUCGACGAAAGGAUGCAUAUGAUUUACCCGAGCGAACGUUCCGCACACUCGACUUCUACCGCCAGUAUCAGGAGAGUAUUACGCCCGCUGGUUUGGCGUUCUUCCAGUCUGACUGGGAUACCAGUCUACCUGGUUUCUAUCACGAGAAGCUACAGUUGCAGCACCCUGUUUUCGAAUACGAUUUUCCGGCACCAUACAUUAGGGAACAGGAAUGGUUCCCGUUACGCAAACCAUUCAACCUGUACAUGGAUAAAUAUCGUGAUCCGGCACAGAUAAGGAAAGAGUAUUUGGCACGAAAGCUCGCCAAAACGCACCCGUUUAAUGGACCGGAUCGUCCGCUUCGGUUUCCCAAUGCGCAUCCAGUAAACAAUGUGCCUUCCUGGUUGCGUACAGAAAUUAAAAAGGAUCGGCUUGGAUGGGGAAGGAUAAACGAUAUUUAA